AUGCACAAUCAGCUGAUCGAAAUGUUUCGAGAAAGCGAAGACUUUCCCACAAUGCGCCCUAUAAACCACACAUUUGAAGAGAUCGACUCGAAGAAGUACAUCCAAGACCUUAUCAAUGGCAAGGCUGAGGUUGCGCCAGUUGUCGAACAAGAAAAAUACCCAGAGAUUUACUUUGGCUGUAGUAUGGAGGAUACGAAGAAUGUCAGCAGGGGAUGGGUCGAAAAUGGCAGAUGGUACUUGUACUCGGCUUAUGAGGACAUUAGGUCUAAUUCACUUUAUCCGAAGUUGAAGAGUGUUAUUCAGGUAAAACCGCAAGAACUUUCUUUACAAAAUGUAUUUUUCGAAAAACCGCAAAGACUUUCUUUACAAAACUCGUUUUUUUUAAACCGCAAGGACUUUCUUUACAAAACGUUUUUUUUUGGAAAACCGCAAGAACUUUCUUUACAAAUCUCAUUUUUUUAAAAACCGCAAGAACUUUCUUUACAAAACUCAAUUUUUAAAAACCGCAAGAACUUUCUUUACAAAACUCAUUUUUUGGAAAACCGCAAUAACUUUCUUUACAAUAAUUUUUCUUUAACUUCAGAUCAUUGCCUCAACAUACUUUGUAGUAGACGACCAAGAACGUUGGUACUGUCACAUCCGCAACGUGAACGGUGAAAUGCUUCGGGUUCGAGCUCAUUUCCGUUUGAUUUGGCAGAGGGCGUGGGAUUCUCGUCGAACCUUCUACAAUCCAUACCUAAUCACUUGUGCCCUACCCAACGAUUACGUCAUUUAUAAGGGCGCAGUUGUGAUGUUGAGAGGGCGCAAGUGUCCCAGCUUUAAUGAGACCUUUUUAAACGUGAAUUUGGUCAAGAAUGCGGAGAUGUUCGAGGACAAUAACAGCUUUAAAAUGGCAAAACCACCGGUGUUUCACCACAAAAGCCAGAAUAUCGUCAAGAUUGUGGACAGUCUGGUCAGGAAUCGGUAUGAAAGAGGUAGGGUUUUGUUGAGAAAUGGUUCAUCUUAAAGUGUGUUUGGACUUUUUUGGGCUUUUUAUUUGAACUUUGACAAAGGGGCCGACUUUGGAAGGGAUGAGGACGUGAAAAAAAAAGUUUUAAGGGGGCGGGGUAAAAACGUUUUUUUGUCAAGAUGAAAGCAGGUCUGGAGGAGGGUUAAAAAAAUUUUUAUAAAGAAUGAGUCAAGCUCAAUCUUUUUAUAAAAAAAAAGUUUUUUUGGAGGGUGGGGGUAAAAAAAAAAUUUUUAAUUUUUUAGGUUGGGGGGGUAAAAUUUUUUAUUUUUUUUUUCUUGUUUUGCUUAUUUAUGUUUUGGCGAUGUUUUCUACCUUCCUCUCUUUCAACCUUUCUUUCCUACACGUUACCCACCUCCACCACUACUCUCUACCCUUACCUUUACCUUUUCUCUUACCCUUUACCAUACCUCUACCUCUCUCUCUCUUUACUGUCUGUCUCUAAUUACCUUAUCUUUCUCUACCUUAUUGUUAAGUCUGCCUAUAAAAAUUGAAAUAUUUUUUACUAAAAAUUUUAUAAAAUUAAUUUUUUCAGUAAAACAAGAACAACAAGCCCAAUCAGAUCUCCAUAACAAUAUUCAGCCAGAUGCUAAUUCAAAAACGACGGUAAAUGAAGAGUUGAACCUUCAGAAUCCACUAAAAAUAGCAGUUUGUGUCAAAGGAAUGGACUUUUACGAGGACAAAACUUUGGAAUUGGCGCAAUGGCUCAUCUUACAGUAUACUUUUGGAGCUGACUCUGUAACUUUGUACAUUUAUCAUUUACAUGAGAGGACAAGAGAAAUGUUGAAGGAGUUUUCAAAGGAAUACGAUUUAAGAGUUGUAAGGGGUUUUUAAUUUUUUUUGUUUUUAGGGUAGGGUAGAAUAGGGUAUGGCAUGGCAAAGUGGGUAUUAUAAGACGGCUUGAUUUAAAGGGUAGGGUUGUUAUGUUUAGGGCAGGUUAUAGUAAGAUAAGGUACGUUCGGAUAGUAUAAGGUAGGAAUACAGUAAGAACUGGCUAGGUACGAUAACACAGAGUAAGUUAAGGUAGGUGUGGCUAGGGAGGGCAGGGUAGGGUGGAUGAAGUCGGCUAGGGUAGAGUUACGUAUAGUAAAAUAUGUACUUAUAGAGUAUGCAAGGCUUGGAUACGAUAAGUCGGUGGUACGGUAGGUUAGGGUAGGGUAGGGUAGGAUGGGGUAGCGUAGGGUAAAAUGAAAUAAGGCAUAGUAGAGUAGGAACGAUGUUUUGUCGACAUUUUAAAAAUUGUGGCAAUUUCAGAUAGACAUAGAUCUCCCAGGCAACUUCACCCUCUCAGACCAAGAACAACAUAGCUAUAUCUGGAACAAUUACUCUCAAAAACGUCGAAACGAGCUAAUACCAUACAACGACUGCUUCUACUCGUACGCUCAUACUCACGACUACGUACUCAUCGUGGAUACUGAUGAAGUUGUGGUACCAUUGGAACACGAGAGUUGGAAUGAAAUGAUAAAACAUUUUAUCAGUGGAUUUAGGCAGAAUGCCACAAGCUUAUCAGUGAGAAAUGUUUUCAAGUUUCCGAAUGAGGAUGAUGAUGAAGGACUGAUGGGUAGAAGGACGAGGGCGUCGAUUAUUCAGGAGAAGGGGAUCAGUGGGAAGAGCUUUAUCAGGUGGGUACCUAUAAGGAGAAGUACAUUAAAAUUUGAGACCUAUAAAGCCAGUACUUUCAGAAUUAUAUUAUAGCACUAUAAUAUUUGUAUCUCGAGUAGUUUAGUACUAUAAAGGUAUUACUAUUCAAAUUUGGUACUAUAAAGCUUGUACUCUUAGUACUAUAAAAAAUGACAUUAAAAUCUGAGUACUGGAAGGCUAGUAUCAGUACAAUUUUAGCACUGUAACAUCAGUACCUCGAGUAGUUUAGUAUCAUAAAGGUAGUACUAUUCAAAUGUGAUACUAUAAAGCUAGUACUAUUUUUGGUACUGUAAGGAGAAUGACAAAAAAAUUUUAGUACAAUAAGGUUAGUACUAUAACAAUCUUGAUACUAUUAAAAUAUAUAUAAUAUAUGUUCAGUACGCUAACAAUUAUAAUAUCCUAAGUUCAGUACAAAAAAUUUAGUACUACACAGUUGGUAUCACAAAAUAUAAUAGUUUAUUCGAGAAAGUUAGUACUAUUUUACAGUACUUGUACUACACAGUUAGUACUAUAAAGUUUUUCAUCCUUCAAGAAAGUUAGUACUAUUCAAAAUUUUUAGUACCCAAACCGCAGCAACAGUAUUCAAUCAUUUCGCACUCCACAGGCUACAUGGUAAUGUAGCACGAACGGCGUAUUUUCCGCCGAGUACGGCUUUAAAAUUGCACUACAAAACCGACUGUCCAAGAGAUUUUGCCGCCCAAUGCGAAGGGCUGAAGAACUCUUCUAUACCUGAUCAUAGUCUAGAUCGGUGGCGAGAGACGGUGGUCAAAAUGGCACAUGACAUUGUUAAACGGGUCUAA